AUGGAGCGACCCGUCCUCCAGCCUCUCCGGAGGCUCACAGCUUCCGUCAACCUCACGAGCAUACGGUCACAAUCGACGACGCGCCGGACAAAAAAGGCCCUCAAAAUCGCCCCCCACCCGUCCUUUCUGGACAACGGAACCGACGACCACAUAGUCUUCAACCCGCCCUCGUCCGCGCCCUCCGUCUACCACACCCCCUUCAAGUUCCUGCCCAAGACCGACCCGCGGCGGCAAGCGAACCUGACCCAGCUGCUGCGCGCCUCGGCCCCGGCCUCAUCCCCGUCCGCCCCCGAGGUCGGCGGCACGCCGUCCUUCGUGGCCCCCAAGCACAACGUGACGGCCGAGCAGAUCGAGGAGAUGCGGGCGCUGCGUAGCAGCGAUCCCGCAACGUGGAGCGUCCUCGCGCUGGCCAAAAAGUUCCAGUGCAGCAACUAUUUCGUGCUCAUGUGCUGCAGGGCCAACCCCCAGCACCGACAAAGCGAAAAGGAGCGGCUCGAGGCCAUCAAGGCCCGGUGGGGUCCGAUUCGGACUAAGGCGCGCGAGGACAGGCAGAAGCGGAAGGUCAUGCUCGGCAGGGGCGAGUUAUAG